UGCUUGAACCAGGGAGUCAGAGGUUUCAGUGAGCUGAGAUCGUGCCACACUGCACUCCAGCCUGGCAACAGAGCAAGACUCAAAAAAACAAAAAAAGGUCAAGAUGAUAAAUUUUAGGUCGUGUGUAUGUUACUACUUUUUUACAAAUGAAGAAAACAACACUUUGACAUGCAUUAUCUCCCAACACCAACCUCAGCCCGGCCCUGAAAAGCGAGCAGAGCCAGCAGCAUUUCCAGCCCCACCUCUGGAGGAGAGGAACCUGAGACUCCUGGGUGACCAGAGGCGUCUCUGGCAACACCAGCAAAAGAGCCUGGCCCUGGCCGCCCAGCACAGGUGCUCAGUCCCUCCUCACUGCCCCUGCUCCCCGCCCCAACAAAGCACAGGGUCCCGAGAUGUUGGGAGAGGGUCGGGGAUGCCGGGCUGGGAGAGGACCCGGGGGCCUGUCAGAAGCCAUGACAUGACGCGCUCACCGCCCGGGAGGAAGCUACUGGCCUCUGAGUGAAAUCCGUAAGAAUGAGCUCUGGAGAUGUAUCAUACAACGUGGAGACUACAGUUAAUAAAUGUAUACUGGAAAAUUGCUAAGAUUAGAUCUUCCGUGUUCUCACUACAAAAGCAUAAGCAUGUGAGGAGAUGGACGUGUGAGUCAGCUUGAUUUAAUCAUUUUACAGUGUGGCAAAGCAUCACAUUGUAGGUGGUCAAUAUAUACAGUUUUGUCAAUUACACCUUCAGGAAGCUGGGGUGGGGAGUGUGUGUGUGUGUCUGUGUGUCUCUGUGUCUGUGUGUCUCUGUGUCUGUGUGUCUGUGUGAUGUGAGGUCUGUGAGGCGCUGAACGUGGCACAUUAAACGGCGUUUUCGUUCUUACCUCAUGAUUCCUGGACUUGAACCGUUGAGUGGCUUCUGGCUAACCCCAAACCUGUUUCCUCCUCUCUAACCACACCUCCCUCCAGGGCUGGUUGGAGGAGCCUCAGCCCAGCCCCCUGAGCUCAAGCCCUGGGGGACUCCUGCUGGGCGGCUCUCUGGACCCCAGUGAGAUGCUCCACAGACCCAGGGCGCCCUGGGGGAAGGAGGGAAGUCAGGCGCGUCACCUCCUGGGACCAGCCCCGAGGGGACUCAAGCCCAUCCAGGGUGUAGUUUCCUCCAAAGGAAAGCCCCAGGGGAGGGUCUUGGGGGGCCAUGGUGCAGCCCACCUCCCUGUGUGACCUCAGCCCUUGCCGACCCUCUGCCUGUGGUGGGAGGUCCCCGAACAAAGCACCCAGGGCCCCAGGGGCAAGGCCAAGCUGACAGGUGUGGGAGGCAGUUGAGCCCUGGAUCCUGACCACAGCAGGGCAGUUGGCAGAUGUGCCUCCGGGACAGAACCCCAGGGGUGACGGCCAUGGACGCUGGAAGGGGCCUGGCUGGGGGCAGGGACCAGAGGAUGAGGAUGGGGCCACAUGGACUGGGAUGCCCUGGGACAGCUGCUGCCAGCGAGAGACCGGGGCACCACUCUCCAGGGAGCCCACGCUGCAAGUCAGGCCACAAGGGCCUCCGACCCUGAGGGCAGAUGAGGCCAGGGACAGGCCAGCCGGGCCGUGAGGCCCCUGGUGAGCCAGGCCCCAACCUCAGGCAGCGCUGGCCCCUGCUGCUGCUGGGUCUGGCGCUGGUAACCCAUGGCCUGGUGCACCCAACGGCUGCACCGCAGAGCAGAGCCCUGGGCCCUGGAGCCCCUGGAGGAAGCAGCCGGUCCAGCCUGAGGAGCCGGUGGGGCAGGUUCCUGCUCCAGCACGGCUCCUGGACUGGCCCCAGGUGCUGGCCCCGGGAGUUUCAGUCCAGGCAUAAUUCACUGAGGCAUGUGUUUGGCAGCGGGACCCAGCUCACUGUUUUAGGUCAGCCCAAGGCCACCCCCUCGGUCACUCUGUUCCCGCCGUCCUCUGAGGAGCUCCAAGCCAACAAGGCCACGCUGGUGUGUCUCAUGAGUGACUUCUAUCCAGGAAUCUUGACGGUGACCUGGAAGGCAGAUGGUACCCCCAUCACCCAGGGCAUGGAGAUGACCAUGCCCUCCAAACAGAGCAACAACAAGUACGCGGCCAGCAGCUACCUGAGCCUGACUCCCGAGCAGUGGAGGUCCCGCAGAAGCUACAGCUGCCAGGUCACGCAUGAAGGGAGCACCGUGGAGAAGACAGUGACCCAUGCACAAUGUUCGUAGGUUCCUAACCCUCACCCCACCCACAGGGGCCUGGAGCUGCAGGAUCCCAGGGGAGGGAUCUCUCUGCAUCCCAAGCCAUCCAGCCCUUCUCCCUGUACCCAGUAAACUCUCAAUAAAUAUCCUUCGUCAACCAGAAA